CACACAUACACACACACACACACACACACACACACACAGCAUAUGUACAGUCACUUCCUGGAAUGAGUCAAGAUUUCUUGUAACAGGGAAAUGAAACAGAAACUAUUCUGAGCUCAGGCACCAUUUUACAGUCAACACUCGUAUGGAUAUCGGACAAGUCCUCAAGAUGGUUGGUUCAAAGUCAGAGCGAGACAAAAUAACCUCAUCAAGUUCUCCGUCCAUGAGAAGUGACUCAUCCAAAGUUGAUCCUUUAAACUUCUCAGAUGAUCCCGGAUCACUGCUAAAAAGGAUUCAACACAUCAACUCUCACUGGGACCAGUGUGCUUCAUUUGGACAGCCUCCCAGUUCCCAAUGUGGAAAAAGACCUGAAACCAGAGUUGCACUUCAAAUAACUAAUAAGAACUGCCUUCUUCAAGCAGAUGUUGGUCUGCAGGAGGUUCUAAAGGAACAUAAGAUCAGUCUGAGGAAGAGAUGUGAAUGUGUGACUGAAGGAAGUGAUGAAACAGGAAGUACAACCCUCCUCAACAGGAUCUACACUGAUCUCUACAUCACAGAGGGACAGAGUGAAGAGGCUAAUACCCAACAUGAGGUGAAGCAGCUGGAGACAGCUUUCAAGAUCCAGAACUUCCAUGACUCUCCAAUCAGGUGCCAUGACAUCUUUAAAUCCUUCCCUGACCAACAUGGAGCCAUCAGAGUGGUUCUGACCAAUGGUGUCGCUGGUGUUGGAAAAACCUUCUCAGUGCAGAAGUUCACUCUGGACUGGGCAGAGGGUUUGGAGAACCAAGAUGUCAGUGUGGUGGUUCUGCUUUCGUUCAGGGAGCUAAACUUGAUCAAAGAUGAGCAGCACAGUCUUCUCACGCUGCUCCAUGUUUUCCAUCCAACCCUCCAGAAGCUCCCAGCAGAGCAGCUGGCUGUCUGCAAACUUCUCUUUAUCUUUGAUGGCCUGGAUGAAAGCAGACUUUCACUGGACUUCAACAACAGUCAGCUGGUUUCUGACGUCACACAGAAGUCAUCAGUCAACGUUCUGCUGACAAACCUCAUCAAGGGGAACCUGCUUCCCUCGGCUCUCAUCUGGAUAACUUCCAGACCUGCAGCAGCCAAUCAGAUCCCUCCUUCAUGUGUUUCCAGGGUAACAGAAGUACGAGGCUUCACUGAUGCCCAGAAGGAGGAGUAUUUCAGGAAGAGGUUCAGUGAUGAAGAGCUGUCCAGCAGAAUCAUCUCCCACAUCAAGACCUCCAGGAGCCUCCACAUCAUGUGUGGAAUCCCCGUGUUCUGCUGGAUCACUGCUACUGUUCUGGAGAACAUGUUGACCUCAGAGCAGAGAGGAGAGCUGCCCAAGACCAUGACUGACAUGUACUCACACUUCCUGCUGGUCCAGACAACGAGGAAGAAGAACAAGUACCAUGGAGGACAUGAGACAAGUCCACAAGAGCUGAUGGAGGCUGACAGGGAAGUUCUUCUGAAGCUGGGGAGGCUGGCGUUUGAACAUCUGGAGAAAGGAAACAUCAUGUUCUACCAAGAAGACCUAGAACAGUGUGGUCUGGAUGUCACAGAGGCCUCAGUGUACUCAGGAGUUUGUACAGAAAUCUUCAAAAGAGAGAGUGUGAUCUUCCAGAAACCAGUCUACUGCUUUGUUCAUCUGACCAUCCAGGAGUUUCUGGCUGCAGUCUACAUGUUCCACUGUUUCACCAAUACGAACACAGAGGUGGUGGAGAAGUUCCUGGAUGACAUCAAAAAAGGAAAACCCAGCGACUCAAAUCCAUCAUCAAGUUCUAGAAUCAGUGAUCGUCCUAGUCAAUCUAUAGAUCUGUUUCUGGAUCAAGUUCUGAGAAGAUCCCUAAAAAUCCUGAAUGGCCACAUGGAUUUGUUUGUUCGUUUCCUUCAUGGCUUUGCUUUGCCCUGUAACCAGAGACUUUUGGCAGGCCUGGUGACUCAGACUAAGACCAGUCCAGAUGUCAUACAGAGAGUCAUCAACAACUUGAAGAAGACAAGCUCUGAAGACAUUUCUCCUGACAAAGGCAUCAACAUCUUUUACUGUCUGGUGGAAAUGAAGGACCAUUCAGUUUAUCAGGAGAUCCAAGAGUUCCUGAAGUCAAAGAACAAAUCAAAGUGUGAACUUUCUGAGAUCCAUUGCUCAGCUCUGGCCUCCAUUCUGCAGAUGUCAGAAGAGGUUCUAGACGAAAUGGAACUAGUGAGGUACAACACGUCAAAGGAAGGACGGCGCAGACUCAUCCCAGCUGUGAGGAACUGCAGGAAGUUUGUACUGACGUUCUGUGACCUGUCUGAGACUCACUGUGAAGUUGUGGCUUCAGCUCUGAAGUCCAACCCCUCCCAUCUUGCAGAGCUUGACCUGAGCUAUGACGGCUUGCCCCAUUCAGGACUGAAGCUUCUGUUUGCUGGACUAGAAAGUCCAAACUGCAGACUAGAGAAUCUGAGGCUGAUCAACUGCAGUUUAUCAGAGAGCAGUGGAGCACAUCUGGCCUCAGCUCUGAAGUCCAACCCCUCCUACAUGAAACAUCUGGAUCUGAGCAGCAACAGGCUGAAGGAUGCAGGUGUGGAGCAGCUGUGUGGGUUUCUGAAGAGUCCUUACUGCAAACUCCAAACACUGAGACUCAGGAACUGCAGCUUGACUGGGAUCAGCUGUUUGUCUUUGGUUUCGGCUCUGGGGUCCAACCCGUCCCAUCUGGCAGAACUGGACCUGGUUGACAACAGGCUGAAGGACCCAGAUGUGGAGCAGCUGUGUGACCUGGCAGCCAGUUCAGACUUCAGACUGGAAACUAUCAAAUGGAAAUAACGAUUCUUCCAAAUGAAACACAGAGAGAGAAAGAACCAGAUGAUACGGAGAAGUUGAAGCAGCAGCAAAUGAUCGGUCCAGGGAAAACUCUAGGAUCUUCAUGUUCUCACUUCAACAUGGUGGUUUUGUGUUUUAUAUGAUUUUGCCUAAUUUUAAUGUGUAUCUUUACUACCUGGCUUAUUUUGCAGCACUUUUUUUCUUUUCAGGGAUUUUAAAAGUCUUUAAUUGGAUGAAAUUAAUUAUUAGGAUUAUUGACUGUGUUGUUAUAGCAACUGAUUCAUUGGAGCAGUUUCUAUUAAAACAGACCAGUUUCGGUGAAACUGCGUCUUAAUACGGACUUCUCGGUUCCGAGUGGGUCAGCCGAAACAAAGUCUGGACUGGGUCAGUAAUUAAACCACCCGAAUCAUUUCAGAUGGAUGUAGUGUUCUAAAUUUAAGUCAGUAUUAUUUAAAGUUGUGGAGAUUCUUAAUGGAGUCAGCACCUUUAAAAGGUAGAUGUGCCUUCUCCUGACCCUCUGACCCCCCUGAGGGACUCGAGAGAAGAAGAAGCAGAAGAAGAGCAGCUCUCACCAGUUCUCCUGCAUCCACUGGAUCGCUCCGCGCUCAUCGAAGCGCGUCUCGAAGCUGAACGCCGCCAGCCGCAGCUGGAGCUCCGACUCGUUCAUCUGCUGCAUCGUCACCAAAUCCUGGAGGUCCGAUCCGAGCAGAGCGUGUUUGCUGCGGUCUCACCUGGCCGCCUCGUUAUAAAGCCGUGGGGCGGGGCCUCCAGGUGAGCCCCGGCGUUUCGGUCAUUCUCACCUGGUGAUGUCACCGGUCGGUACGUGUCUACCAGCAUGAUGAUCUGCUUCACUGAAAACGAUAUUGAUCAGAUAUUUCUGAUCAAUAUUGAUAAGGAGAUCAAAGCUGCUGCUGAAGCGGAAAUGAAUAAUCUCUGUUUAAAACAAACCAGAAACUUUUUGACCUGAAUGUCAGAAAAAAUAAAGAAAUGAUUAAGAAACUAACAGUGAUGAAGAUGCUUGAGGAUAAAUAGUUGCAUACAUGAACUGUUAUCAUUUCUAGAAUCAGUGGUUCUGAUUAAAACCGAGUUUAAUGAAAAACAAAACAUUCGCUUUUUGAAAACUCAACUCAAAUGAGACACAAAAUCUACAUCUGUCAGGUUUUGUGGUGUGAGUGGUGGUGAGGCAGCAAACCCAGGUAGCGAUACAGUAGAUGAUUUAAUAAGAUGCAAAUCCCAAAGUCCAGAACACAGAGAAGCAGAGAGCAACGAUCACCACAGGUGACAACUGGAAACUAGACAAACACGACGAGGAACAAAGAACACAGGUGAGGUUAAAUACACAGAGACAAUCAAGGAGAGACUCAGAGAGACAGAAACUCAAAAUAAACACAGAUAAGGAACAGAUCCCGACAGCAUCUUUUCUAUUGUCUGUUAUUUGAUGUGAUAUUAUGGGAUGUUUUGCUCUGCAGUCUGAUGUCUAGAUGUGAUUUCAAUAAAUGGUUGACUCUA